AAGUUCUCCAGCAAACUUCUGCUCCGAGUCCAACCAUACAAGCGAGAAGGCAAUGGUUUGGGGUCCAUGUUUUCUCAAGGACGAGCUCCCCAUGGCAACAACUUUGGGCUUUCGCUGGUGAGCACAAGACUCAAAAGCCCAUCAAUUGUAGUGACGCCAAGAGCCUGCUAUUGCAGCAGAGGGUAUGCAGAAUAUGCAAUUGCAGGCUCUGCUUUCCCACUGGCAGCUGCUUCAGUAGGUUGCAAUCAAUGAGCAAAACGGCACCGUGCACUCGUCAAAGACGCUCAAGUAAGAGCUUGGGUCAGCAUGGUUUUGUCCUCAGGCAGUUUCGUGCUGCCACGCCUGACGCAGCGACUGUGCUGCUCCGUGCAAAGCUGCAAAUCCUCUCUCAGUCUCCCAGCAUUGCAGUCACAGCUAGUUCAAACUCCUGGCUUCAAGCUGAACAAACCCUCGAGCCUCUUCCAAACUCUGUUCCACACCUCUGGUGCUCAUUCAUUUCUUUCGCCGAAACCACACACCACACCAAAGCCUCAAUUCCAGGUUCGAAACAUGUCUAACCUUCCGGAGAGUACUGUGUAUGGUGGUCCCCAGUCCCCCCCAGCGCAGCGGUUCAAUCUGAGGCUGCUGCAACGGAAAUACAAGGCGGGGGAACCGAUCACUGUGGUCACUGCUUAUGACUACCCCAGUGCUGUGCACGUUGACUCUGCGGGCAUUGACUUGUGUCUGGUUGGCGAUAGUGUUGGCAUGGUGGUUCACGGGCAUGACACCACGCUCCCUGUCACGAUGGAUGACAUGAUCCUACACUGCAAGGCGGUCGCGAGAGGGGCACGAAGACCCAUGCUCAUUGGGGAUUUGCCCUUUGGAAGUUACGAGCAAGGGCCGGAACAAGCCAUCGCCAGCGCCACGCGCUUUCUCAAGGAGGGGGGCAUGGACGCAGUCAAGUUGGAGGGGGGGCAUGGCAAAAGAGUGGUCGCAGCACAAGCUUUGGCUGAGGCGGGGAUCGCAGUCAUGGGCCACGUGGGACUGACUCCGCAGGCGAUCAGCGUACUGGGGGGGUUCCGGCCGCAGGGAAAGAGCGCCUCAACCGCGCUACAGGUCAUGGAACAUGCCCUAGCAUUACAAGACGCUGGCUGUUUUGCCGUCGUUCUCGAGUGCAUACCCUCUCCGGUUGCCGCCGCAAUCACGCGAGGGCUGCACAUACCCACCAUCGGCAUCGGCGCAGGGCCUCUCACGAGCGGGCAAGUCCUGGUGUAUCACGACUUGCUGGGGAUGAUGCAACACCCACACCACGCCAAGGUGACGCCCAAGUUUUGCAAGCAAUACGCAAAUGUCGGAGCAGUCAUUGGGGCUGCGCUAGUCGACUACCGAAACGAGGUGUCCAGCCGAGCCUUCCCGUCCCCAGCGCACACCGCAUACAGGAUUGACCCGGAACAGGCCCAAAGCUUCGAACGAGAGCUGAGAGAACGAGGCCUCACGGCUGCUGCAGAGGCGGCCGCCGAGGCCCAAGUGAGGGAUCUAACAGCAGGGGAACCACGGUUCAAAACGCAGGCCAUGGACUAAUGUGAAUGAUUCACCGUUAUCUUGUGUAUGAGAAGAUCCACGGUCUAUGUACUUUUGCGUUGGUACCAAAUCGGUCGAAUCCGAAUAGGAAUCGCUUCGAAGGCGCCCAGUACAAGCGAGGAAGAUAUCCAUAUGUUACGAUAUUCUAGGUCGUCUCCUUCUCAGAAUAAUUGAGGUAUCAAUGAUGCGCGUCAUGUCAACAGCACUGGCAUGUCAGGUUGUUUGAUGGAUCAUCUUGUGUAGCCUGUUGCGAUUAUAAGCACAAGCCAAAGUUGACAGCGCUUACCGCCGUUAG